GGUAUCAGUAUUCACAUUUCACUGUUCAACGGAACAAAAAAGCGGCAACAGCGAUGGCUUCUCUGGGCUUCCCAUUCUUGUUUUCUCAGCCACCGAGCCAGCCCCCCACUGGCUCCUCCCGCCCUCACUACCUCUCCGCAGCCGCUUGUGCUGCCGCUGUUGCUGCCGGCGGCGUAAUCGCAAUCUCGCCGAUCACCCACAACCACCCACUGAAUAUCCUGCUCUCCAACUUCUCACCCAGCAAAAAUAACUCCUCCCCGUUGUGGGGUUCUCUUUCUCUGUCUGAUGGCUCCGCCCCGGCCACGGAAUCGAGGACCGGCAUCUCAUUCCCGUCAGUUCUAAAGGGCUCGCAGCGACUUCUUGGAAUUGGGUUAAGGAAGAAGGCUAUCUUGGGGUUGAAAAACAUCGAUGUAUAUGCUUUUGGUGUUUAUGCCAAUGAUGCUGAUUUACAGAACAUUCUGAAAGAGAAAUAUGAGACCCUUUCUGGGUCUGAGUCAAAGGGAAAGGAUUUGAAGGAUGAACUGAUGGAUAAGGAUAUACGCGCAACUGUUAGGCUUCAAAUCAUGUAUGGAAGACUAAGCAUUCGUUCUGUGCGUAGUGCUUUCGAAGAGUCUGUUGGAAGUAGACUACGCAAAUUCGGUGGAUCUGAUGAUAACAAAGAAUUGCUUUCAAGGUUCACUUCCCAGUUUAGAGAUGAAAUCAAAAUACCCCGAGGAGCUGUCAUAGAACUCUCAAGGGAGCCAGGCUACAUACUCCAGACAACAAUUGAUGGGAAGGAAGUGGGAAGCAUACAGAGCAAGUUAUUGUGUCGAUCAAUUCUAGACUUAUACAUUGGUGAUGAACCAUUUGAUCGGAAGGCCAAAGACGAUGUUGAACUCAACCUGGCUUCACUCCUCCAGAAGUAGUCCUGCUAUUCACACACACAGGCAUGAGAGGCAUUUUUUUUUUUCUUCAAAUUUUCCAGUAGGGAUUUCUUGUAUCUACAAUAAAGCUGACCAUCCCGGAAAUAAGAGCAAAGUAGGCGGAACUUACAACAAUGAUAUCCUUGUCCAGAAAUAAUAAUUAAAAUCCAAUUAAAUGUUAAUGUUUAA